GCCCCUGUUGGUGGGGAUUGACAGGCGCCAAGGCCAUUUGUGCCUUUGGAGGACUUAAAGCGGCAGCAGCGGCUUUGGCGGAUUAAUUAAUUGACUCAAUUAGGAGGACCACGAGCUUUGUCCGCACCAUCCAACUGAUCUGCCAUUCUUUGGAAAGAAAGGCACUACCUGCAUAUCAUUAUUAUUGUUGUUUUGGUAUCUUGACAAAGGAUUGAUAUCUACUUUGAUAAUGUCCCGACGAAGCCAACGCCUUGGUGGGACUGUUCGCUAUUACCAAAGUGAAGACGACGGCAACAGCAGCAGUAGUGGAGGGAGCUCACUACUGGGUGGACAACAGUCAUUAUUUAAAGACAUUUCCAAUAGCCGGAGCCUGAGAAAAAAAUCUGGCAGCGUGAAGCGUCCCUCUCCAGCCCCCAGCCUGGGAACCAGUCCUGCGACACACACCUCCUUUUACGAGUCUGUGGUCACUGAGUCUUACCUGAAUGAUGGCAGAGGACUUUCGAUUAGAGGCAGCACUUCCCUGGAUGACCCAAUGGACAACAGCUCAUAUUGGAGUGAGGAUCUCUCUAUGAGAAGAAGAAGAGCCGGUGCUGGAGGCAUCGAAACCAGUAAAAAAAUCAAUGGGCUAUCAGAAAGAAAGAUAUAUGACACCUAUGCAUCAUCGUCUGGUUAUUCUUCUGAGGAUGACUAUGCAGGGUACACUUACUCCGACCAGUAUACUUCUGGCUCUGGAUUCAAGAAAGCAGUUUCCAAAGUAGGCGCUUUCCUGUGGAUGGUGGUUACCUCACCAGGGCGGUUCUUUGGGUUGUUAUACUGGUGGAUCGGGACCACGUGGUACCGCCUCACGACUGCAGCCUCUCUCCUCGAUGUCUUCGUCUUGACAAGGAGCUAUCCAAUCCUGAAGAAGCUGUUUCUCUUGCUGCUCCUGCUGUUGCUCCUGACUGCUUUUGGUUAUGGCAUGUGGUAUUUUUACCCUUUUGGGCUCCAGUCUUCUGUGUUUUCUUGGGGAGCCAUGAAGUUCUCUUCUCCUGUUACCAAGAAGGAAUAUGAAGCGGGAGACUCUGGAGUUAUCCCUGCGGCUCAGCAGCAGGUAUUGUCUCGGCUCCAGGCCCUGGAGAGACGCUUUGAGACCCUGGAAGCUGCAGCAGCGUUGCUGGAGCUCCAGAAAGGAAAAUCAGCAGAAGGGUCUUCUCUGUCGCAUGAAGACACCUUGGCACUUUUGGAUGGACUUGUGAAACGGCGAGAGGCAGCCAUGAGAGAGGAUUUCCGCACAGAGACACAUCUUCACCUCCAGAGCAAGUUGGAUGCCUUCCGUUCCCAGAUGCAGCAGGAUUUUGAUCAUCUCCAGAAGAAAAUCUCUCAGGCUUCUGAGGAGACGGAGGGCCGGAUGCUCCAAAUGGGCUCACAGUGGCAAAGCUCUACCCAAGAAGGUCUAAUGGGCAGUUUCCGAAAGGAGAUGGACAGGCUAGAGGCACAGCUUUCCAACCUGAAGAAGGAAUUUGGAAACUUGGCCUCAGAUCAGAAGGUGUUGUCAAAACAUGUGGAGUCUCUUCCGAGACAGAUCAAGGAAAUGAGGGAAGAUGUGGAAGUCCAAUUCCCAGUGUGGCUAAGCCAGUUCCUGUCCCAGUCGAGAAAGGAGGGGACAGGCAGUUUGUUCCUCCAACAAGAUGAGCUGCAGGAACAUCUACUUGCACUGGAGAAGAAGAUUCUUGCCAGGAUCUCAGAGGACCAGGAAUUCUCAGUGCAGAACGUUAGAGUAGCGCUCCAAAGGGAAGGAGUCAUAGGAGUAACGCAAGAGGAUGUGCACCGCAUUGUGAACCAGGCUCUGAAUCGGUACAGUGAAGAUCGCAUUGGGAUGUUUGAUUAUGCACUUGAAUCUGCAGGGGCCAGUGUUAUCAGUACUCGAUGCUCAGAAACGUAUGAGACCAAGACUGCUCUGCUCAGUCUUUUUGGGAUUCCCUUGUGGUACCACUCUCAGUCUCCACGAGUCAUUCUUCAGCCAGAGGUCCUGCCGGGGAACUGCUGGGCCUUCCAAGGUUCCCAGGGAUUUGCUGUCAUUCGCCUUUCAAGCAACAUCUAUCCCACUGCUGUGACGCUAGAGCACAUCUCCAGAUCCCUCUCGCCCAAAGCAACCAUUCCCAGCGCUCCCAAAGACUUCGCAGUCUACGGUCUAGAAGAAGAAGGGCUGCAAGAAGGUGUUCUCCUUGGGCAGUUCACAUACAACCAAGAGGGAGAUCCUAUCCAGACAUUCCACCUCCAGGAUGAAAACAGGACAUCUGCAGCCUUCCAGCUGAUUGAGCUCAGAGUCCUCAGCAACUGGGGCCACCCGGAAUAUACCUGCAUUUACCGUUUCCGUGUCCAUGGGGAGCCGGUUUCUUAACCCCUCCUCAGGGCCACAGUCUUGCUAGUUGGCUACCUCAUGUUCUGCGCCUCGGACUGACAAGGGCUGAUGGAAAGCGGUGCCAGGAAGGAGAGCCACUUGGGAAGGGCAAUGCUGCUGCUUCUUUUGCUCUGUUGCUCGUAGAUGUGGAAACCUCAACAGCCACCCUUCUUGCUCAGUUGAUUCCUGGAGAAAAGCUUUCAGUGUGGAGAGGGAGGACGAGGGCUCCUUAUUUUGGUAUUUUGUACUCAGCUGGGUUUUCUAAUGUUUGUUUUUUUAAAAGCCUAUGCAGUUGUUUAUAUUCCUCCCUAUCUUUACCACCGCAAAAAAGAAAUUGAUUUCUGAAUGUUCUUUUAGGGGGCCAUGUCAGAGUAACUCUCAUGGUUCUAGUGGUGUUGAUGUAAUUAUCCUAUACAAGGGUGGGUGGGAUGAUGUAUUUAUAAAAACUGCCUCAGAUGAGAGUGGUUUGAGACGUUGUGCUAUUGCUUAUUCCUUUCUCGGUUUGACAGGAAUUUAUUGGGUUUUCUUAUUUAACCACGGUGUAUACUGCAGUAGGAAUCUAGAGCACUGCAUAGUAGAGGAAUAAACAGCUUGGAAAUGUGACUUUGGGGCCUACACUUCCCAGAAUCUUAAUUGUAGACCCAAAAACAAUGUUUCCAACCUUUCACAAAAUGAGCAUUUAUUUAAAGGAGUCUAUGAAGCAUUUAAAAAUUGGAGCACCAUGUCCUGAAAGUUGGGAGAUUAUAAAUGGCCGUUUUCCAUAGGAAAACAGUGGAAAAUUAAACUGGAGUACAAUAAAACCACUCAUUCAUAUCACUUAUUCCUGUUGUUCGGGACAGUUCCUGUAUUUCUCUGCAAUGUCUCAUUUGUUAUAAAUGCAAAGUGACCCUCACACUUACAUCAAAUUCCCAGUAAAUGAGGGUGAUUUGACAAUACUGAGUUGUGAAUUCACUUGAUAUGGAAAUAGAGGCACUCAUAUUUAUCUUGAAUUUUCCACAGCUGAGUCCAGAUAGUAAAAGAUUCCAGAUUCCAAGAAUAAAGCUUGAUGAGCCUUGGCUCAAAUUAUGCCUUUUUUCCACUUACAAUGGAAACAGCUGUGUUUUGCUCUCAUGCUGCAUGUUUUUUUUUUAAACUCGUAAUAUAUUGCUGUAAUGUAUGUUGGUUGUGCUACCACACAAAUGACUUCCUAUGAUCAUAAAGGGUUUGAUGCUGCUCACUGAGCUUGUGUAUUAUAGCUAUUAAUUUCAUGAGGUAUUGGGGUAGCAAUGAGCUGUAGUUAGGAAGCGUUCACUGUACUAGCCAAAAUAUUCAGUUUGGCCUAGGAGUCAUACAGGUCACUUGUCAUUUUCUAUGGUGUGUAUAUUACCACCUAGGAUCUUUGGAAAUGGCCUACUGGGUGAUGAGGAAAGCCAAGACACACUUCUUUAAUUGAUGUACUCCUGUAGCAUCAAGGCGGUUGAUGACAGGGUCCUCUUUGACACAUAAAGUUCUGGCAACGCAUUACUUAGUGUCACAAAAAUAGUUGUGCAGGGAUCUCUAUCGGAUACCUCCUUGCACUAUGUUGGCAGAAGUCAAUGUACAAAUGUAAUUCUUGGUUACACUAGCAUAAGUCACAAAGAGGAUUCCACUUUCAGAGCUCAGGGUGAAUAGUGAACUUUACCACUUCAAAAUAUAUUCAAAGGGGUGAUUAUUUUUAAUGUUCUCUGUAGCAUCUUUUUCUGCAAAAGGAUCUUGUAGCCUCUUAGAGACUAACUCAGAGAACUUGGUUGCUAGCAUAAGCUUUCCUAGACUGGGGCUCCUUCUACACUGCCCUAUAUUCCAGGAUCUGAUCUCAGAUUAUCUGAUUUAAAUUGGAUUAUAUGAGUCUCCACUGCCAGAUAAUCUGGGAUAAUAAAAUAAUCCGGGUCAGAUCCUGGGAUAUAGGGGCAGUGUGGAAGAGGCCUAAGGCCCCUUGUACACUGCCAUAUAAAAUCCAGAUUAUCUGCUUUGAACUGAAUUAUAUGGCAGUGUAGACUCAUAUAAUCCAGUUCAAAGAAGAUAAUAUGGAUUAUCUGCUUUGACAAUCUGGAUUAUAUGGCAGUGUAGAAGGGGUCUUAGUCUAUGAAAGCUUAUGCUACCAACUUUGUUCUAUUAUUUAAUUUCUACGGUGCUACAAGAUUCCUUUGCAUUCUGACCGUCCAGACUAACCCAGGUGUGACUUUGGAUUUCCUCUUUGUCACUCUCUGACAGUUUUUAACUUGGAGAGAAUUUUUAAUAUGGGGGGAAAGGGAGGGAAGAAUAUAUAUAUAUAAAUCAUCCCUCCUAGUGCCCUUCCACGCAGUCAUAUAACUCAGAAUAUCAAGGCAGAUAAUCCACAAUAUCUGAUUUGAACUGGAUUAUCUGAGUCCACACUGCCAUAUAAUCCAGUUCAAUGUGGAUGUUAUACAGCUGUGUGGAACGGGCCUUAGAAUCAUAGAGUUGGAAGAGACCAUAUGGGCCAUUCAUUCCAACCCCCUGCCGUGCAGGAAAAGCACAAAGUAUCCCUGACAGAUGGUCAUCCAGCCUCUGUUUAAAAGCUGCUAAGGAAGAAGUUUCCACCACACUCCGAGGUAGACAGUUCCACUGCUGAACAGCUCUUACUAUAAAGUGAUAUGAUCUAGGAGUCUGCUUCAUUUGAAUAUAAUCCAGGCCUCUCUCAACACCUAAUGAAAUCUGUGGUAAAAUGCUCACUAAUAUAUGAGAUAAUAUAAAGAUGAUCUCUCAAGUGUUUAUACCUGCACUGGAAUAAGUGGCUUCUCGAAAACCUCAAGGUUAUAUCUACUCACUAACAAUGAAAGUUGUACAUAGACAAAGUGUUCUUCUAGUGUAGAUGCCUCAUCAUAUGUUUUCAUCUAAGGCUUCUACAAACUAAGGUUGGAGAAAGAUAUAGAGAUAACUUGACCAGUGAGGUCAAUGUGGCAGGAACUACAAUUCUCAUCAGGCCUAGGCACCAUAGUAGUGGUAAGGAAUUCUGGAAGCUACAGUCCAAGAACAUUUGGAAGGUUGCCUUUUCGCAAAUUCUGCCUUGCAAAAACAACUUUUGAACUAAAUUCAGUGAGAACACAUUUUGUCUCAACCUGUGGGUCCCCAGGUGUUUUGGCCUACAACUUGCAGAAAUCCCAGCCAGUUUACCAGCUGUUAGGAUUUCUGAGAGUUGAAGGCCAAAAUAUCUGGGGACCCACAGGUUGAGAACCACUGUUGUAGAGGGAUGAAGGCUGAAUACUGGUAGGGUGGCCUUCCAUCUCCCCAGGGGGCAGUAAUUCUUGGUCAGAGUAAGGUGUUCAUCUAAGGAAAUACUACUGAAAAACAUUAGCUGGUUAAAGUUUCAAGAUACUUGACCAAACAGUGUUUUGAAAAAGUAAAAUACUCGCCCAAAGAGGAAAGGAUCAAUACUGAAAAUCAGAUGUAUGUGCAUCAAUUCGGAGAUGGGAUGCCAAAGAAACAGCACAGAAACCUGCACUUGCUCCUAGAUAAGAGAGUUGUCUUUCCUCCCCAUGAGAUAAGAAAAUUGUUGCUCCAUUCAACUUGGUUAUUUCCUUUUGUUGUGGUGGGGGUUUUUUGGCUAUAGCUUUCAUUUUCUCUGCUUACCUAGUAACCUCUGUGCUUUUGAAUGCUGCACGCCCUUGAGAAAUAGUGUGAAGAUGUAGUACAAUCUGUUUUGGGGUCCAUGAGCUUGCAAAGAGAAGGCAAAGGCAAGCUUAAACUGAUGGCUAGAAGAAAUAGAACAUAUCCCUCAGAGCUCCAGUAUUAUGUAGACCUCACCGUUUCAGUGUUUCAAAGUCAUAAGGUUAUUGGAUAUUAAUCAAAUGACUUAGUGUGGUUAUUAAAAGUCUGAGAUGUAUUUAGCUAGUUGGGAAACUGAUGUAAUUUCCUUGUAUCCAGUGUAGCUUAGCUGAAAUGUAUAGAUUAGAUAAAACCUCAGCUUGUGAUCACUAGAUCCUAUAAAGUUAGUUAUAAUGUAAAGCAAGGGCUAUUUACUCCUCGAUGGAUCCAAGAGAGAGCUCUCAUAGCUAGUAUUUACUGGAGGCAGCAAAUAGGCACACAAGAGUUGCCAUCGUUUGUUCCAUCCUUAUUUGUUACAGGUUUAAAAUGGUGGAGGGCUACACCAUCCAGUAGUCCACCUUUUCAAUCAAGGAGAGGGAAAUUGGUAACUAUCCAUGUAUCCCUUUGUCAGGCAUAAGGGUUCAGUAAGAAGCUUGUGAAAUUUGAAGAGAUCCCACCUCUUCGAGUCCUUUUGCAUUACAGACCCUUCAGCCAACAGCAAGAUAUCACAUCCAGGUGUCCCCUGGGCAACGUCUCUGUAGAUGGCCAAUUCUCUCACACCAGAAGCAACUUGCAGUAUGUUUGCAAGUUGCUUCUGACAUGAUGAAAAAAGCCAACAGCAAACUCCCCCCUAAAUUGAAGUCUAGAGCUCUCUAAAAAAAUUGGAAAGCCUGGCUCAGUCCCAUUUUUGGUAAAGAAGAGGCAAUCUAUGAAUAUUUUUCUGUGCCGUUUUUUAUUAGCGAAUAAUGCUGGGAUAAUUUUUUAACUAUAAAGAAAUAUCUGAAUGUCUGUUUGCAUAUGAAGGAAAUGUUCAGUAUUUGAUUCAUAGCUUAGUUAACUUUGUACUCCCUACAAAAUGGGUGAGUGUCGAGCACUGGUUUUUAAUGUGUUGCAAAUGUGUCUUCUAACAUGUUGUAAAUAGAGAAGCUUUUAUGGGUGAGAGAAAAUCGAGAGAAGCCUGUGGAGGUGUAUAUACUAUAUAUCUAAAAUCCCUGGUUAUUCAUUCAAAUGUAUGAAGCCAGGAUACAUUCAAAAUGGCUGAUUAGCACAUCCAUUGGUACCAUGGUAACUGACUCAGUUUCAGAUUCAUGUUAGCUCCAUGACUGCAACCAGGGCACUGCUGUCUCAUGCAGGUAUUACCUUUUUGUUCUGAAUCUAAUUUUGGGUUGAGGAGCAUCAACACACCUAGAUUUAAAAAGGCACACAAACAGUGGAAUGGCCUUAUGCACUACUGAGUUUUGCAGAGUACGAACAAACAGGAAACACCGUCCACAGCAUGCCUUCUUUUUCCCUUCCCCCUGUUAUGACCUUUCCUCUUAUACUCUGUAAAGCAUCAAGCACAAUGGUGGCACUGUAUUAAUAAUAAUAUUGCUUCUAAGGAAAAAAACAGCUUUUUACAAUGCAGGGUGGGCAAAGGGGAGAGAUUUGUAUCUUAAGACUGUAGCCUCUUGCAAAUGCUGCACUGUUUUGUUCAUUAUUUUUUAUCUACAGAUUGUAAUCUUUUGCCUAUGCAAAAGGAAUCCUAGACAAUAAAAGGUUUUUUAAAAGGUG